UUUAUCAUUGCGCAUCCCCCACCAUGCUCACUCAUCAGCGAGGAAAGCGGCUGUGCGGAUUAAAUUAUCUAUUUGGUUCUCUGAUGAGUGGAUAAACCACCUGACAUUGCGUUCUCUAUCAGGCCCGUAGGUCAUCGGGCUCGAUGGCAAUUUUAUAUAGUUACCCCUGAUGUUUCUCUUUUCCCCUUUUGUAGCCAUUGGAAUAGGGGAGAACAGACCCUAAUGUAGGACCGUGUCUUCUGGACCUGUCUGGCCAUAUAGUUUCGGACAUUAUUCAUUCUCAAGUGACUGAACGUCUUGAGUGAGGAUGAAUAAAGGGGGCUCUCGGUCGACCACCUCGCUUCCACCGGAGCCGGUGGAAAUAAUCCGGAGCAAGGCGCACUACCGUCGGGUUAGACUCAAUGUUGGGGGUCUCCUCCACGAAGUUCUAUGGAGAACGCUGGACAGGUUGCCCCGAACAAGGCUGGGCAAACUACGAGACUGUAACACCCACGAGUCUCUCAUGGAGAUAUGCGACGACUACAGUUUGGAUGAUAAUGAGUACUUUUUCGACAGACACCCCGGGGCUUUCACGUCCAUUCUGAAUUUCUACCGCACGGGAAAACUGCACAUGAUGGAGGAGAUGUGUGCCCUGUCGUUUAGUCAGGAGCUGGACUUCUGGGGUAUAGAUGAGAUCUACCUGGAGUCCUGCUGUCAGGCCAGGUACCACCAGAAGAAGGAACAAAUGAACGAGGAGCUCAAAAGAGAGGCCGAAACUAUGAGGGGCAGGGAAGGCGAGGAUUUUGAUACCACAUGUUGUUCCGAGAAACAAAAGAAACUGUGGGAUCUCCUGGAGAAGCCGAGUUCAUCGUUAGCUGCUAAGGUCCUGGCCAUCAUCUCCAUCCUCUUUAUCGUGCUGUCAACCAUUGCCUUGUCUCUGAACACCCUCCCGGAGCUGCAGGACAUAGACGAGUUUGGCCAGGUGACAGACAACCCUCAGCUAGCUCACGUGGAAGCGGUGUGCAUCGCCUGGUUCACCAUGGAGUACCUGCUCCGCUUCAUCUCCUCGCCCAGCAAGUGGAAGUUCUUCAAGGGUCCACUAAACAUAAUAGACCUGCUAGCCAUCCUACCCUACUACGUCACCAUCUUCCUGACUGAAUCCAAUAAGAGCGUUCUACAGUUCCAGAACGUCCGGAGGGUGGUGCAGAUCUUCAGGAUCAUGCGUAUCCUCCGUAUUCUGAAGCUGGCCAGGCAUUCUACAGGGCUUCAGUCUCUGGGCUUCACCCUGAGGAGGAGCUACAAUGAGCUGGGCCUGCUCAUCCUAUUCCUGGCCAUGGGCAUUAUGAUCUUCUCCAGCCUUGUCUUCUUCGCCGAGAAGGACGAGGAGGACACCAAGUUCAAAAGCAUCCCGGCCUCCUUCUGGUGGGCUACCAUUACUAUGACUACGGUGGGGUAUGGGGACAUCUACCCAAAGACUUUACUGGGUAAGAUUAUUGGGGGUCUAUGCUGCAUAGCUGGAGUGUUGGUGAUAGCCUUGCCCAUCCCCAUCAUCGUCAACAACUUCUCAGAGUUCUACAAGGAGCAGAAGAGGCAGGAGAAGGCCAUCAAACGGCGGGAGGCCCUGGAGAGGGCCAAGAGGAACGGCAGCAUCAUCUCCAUGAACAUGAAGGAGGCGUUUGCACGCAGUGUCGAGCUCAUAGAUGUAGUGGUAGAAAAUAAUGGAGAGAACAUGGGGAAGGUGCAGGACAACCACCUGUCUCCUAGCCACAGGAAAGAGACUCCCAAAAGGACCACCUCAGAGAUGGACUCCGCUCAGUCAUUAGAGCCCAGCUCACCAGACAAAGCCCAUCCCGCCAGCCCUCAGCAACUCAACGCUCAGAAACUGGAGGAGAUGUACAACAAGAUGGCCAAGACCCAGUCUCAGCCUAACCUUAACAGUAAGGACAAGGGGCAUUUGUCUAAAGCGCCCAAGAAGAGAGACGAGAUAGAGAUGGGUAUCAUCCCCACAGAGCCUGCCCCAACCACAGACAUGAGGAGCAUGUCCAGUAUUGACAGCUUCAUGAGUUGUGCUGCUGACUUCACCGAAAGUGCCCGCUUCUCCCACAGCCCCAGCACCAUUGUUCCAGGGAGGGUUAGCACCAACCCCGUGCUCGAGACCACCCUGGAGCACGAGGCCAUGGUGUCCCCCCACAGCGCCACCAAGGUCCCUGGAGGACGAGGCUCCAAGCACGGCCUGUUCUCUGACAGCCCCCGGGGCCUACGCUUCAGCAACCCGCUAAAGAACCGCUCCCUCAAGGUCAACUUCAAAGGCGGGGACGCAGACCCUUCCUCCUCCUCCUUAGCACAGGGGCCAGGGGGCGGGGCCCUCUCAGAUAGCUCUGCCCUCUCUGCCCACUCUCUCAUGAGUCCUGAGGUGUCUGUCUACACCACUGCCAGCAGCAAGACUCCACCCCCUGAGACCCUGAUCCCGACAGUCUUCACAUACCAUGACGCAUCCAUCAGUAAGUUCAUUGAUGCUGACACGGACGAGGAGGAACACCUUCAUGAUAGCUCAGGUACAAACACCUCCCAGAGGCUUCUGGGAAAAGCCAGCCCCAAGCUCAGCUCCUACAGCAGCCACCACCGCGUGGCCAACCACCUGGAGGGCUCCCAGAGAAUGCUGGGUAACAGUGUGUUCCCCUUGGAGACCCGGUCAGGUGGGGGACAGGGGAAUCAUGUGCUCUCCCGGGGAGAGAGGAGUCGUUCAAACACCCAUAAUGAGAGCAAGUGAGGUAGGGGGAGGGAAUAGAUAGUACAGAGAGGACCCAAACAGGAGGACAUUGUGCAAAUACCAGAGAGAAAUAAAAUAAAACAUGAGCUCUAACCCAUACCAGGAACUGCAUUCCUACUUACAUGAAUAAAAGGAACUAAAACACCUGCAGCGACUGGUUUUUUUGUUGUUGUAACAAAUGCCCAAUAAGUAGAACGUAUGGGACACAGGAAGGAGCUCACUUGUCCUUCCAUUUCCUGCUACUUGAGGGCAAAGACUGUCAGCAAAAUGACCCAGGGCACUGGGAGAUGCUACAGUACUGCUGGAUUGAGAAAGAGAGAGAAUGUAAAAGGGUGCAUUGCUGUAUCCAAAGGGGAUAUGCAUAACUCUGCAGAUCUGGUCACACAUUGUAGAUUUAGGCAUUACUGAAUCAGCAUUGUGCUAAAAUUAAUUUUGUUGAUUUCCUUGUGUUUUCUUCCUCAAAACUGGCCUUAGUUAUAUGUGACUAUGUGUAUGCAUAGCGUGUACGUGUGUUUGUAUGUCUGUAGGUGUAUGUGUAUGCAUGAUGAUAGGCAGAUAAACAUACACACACAGUUAUGCAGUAUUUUAUGUAUAUUUUUUUCCUUUUUUUAUAAUAUAAAUAGUAUAUUUUCUUUGGUCUGUUAUUUUGUGACGCUAUCUGAGAGGUGAACUUUCAUCCUUGUUUAUCAACAGUUUGUUUCAGCCAUUAGAGAGGAAAUGGCCACUUUGAUAUCCUGUCUGUUUCCUCAUUCCCAUCAGCCUCUGCCUCCCACCUCCCGCCUCCCGGGUAGAACUAACCGCAUUAAGCGAAUAUUUUCAAUUCUGUACAGGGUAUUCUUUGUUGUUUUGUUUGUUUACUCAUUUUUUUGUUUUUGAUUGUGUGUGUUUUAUCCAGACAGGUUAGGGUUAGGGUUAACCCAAUCUCCUUUAUAUUUUAAUACUCUCUCAGAUGUGUGGUUGUGGUUGAUUGUCAUACUUCAUAUCCAAUCACCAUUGAUACUGGGGAGGGGAUAAUAGCAUCCAUUUAACCUGGAUUGAAAGUACUGAAAACACUCAGAUUUUCCAUUUUAAAGUUCCACAUUUGUACAAUGGAUAAUACUGUAAGAGCAUAUAACUCAACAAGAACAUGAAAAAAGAACACACUCAUUGUGCAAAAAGUAAUAUUUUUAAAAUAUUUUUUUAGAAUGGUAUAUUAGAAGAAUGAAUUAUGCUAAACUCAUAGUUUUGCAUUUCAAUACAUUGUUUUAUUUUAGAGAGAAUAUUACAAGAUAAUGAAUUUGUAUUUUUUGCUAGUAGUUAGGGUAAAUGUUUGUCCUUCUAUCCUUUGUACAAUGUGUAUAACUUUGUAUAACAGCAUCUUUAAUCAUAUCAUGGACCCACACAAUGUUAUUCAUUAAUUAUAACAACAAUUGUUUCAUAACAGGAGAAUGUCCGAAAUAUUUCAUGAAGCCAAGACAAACUCAAACACAGCAGAGAUGAAGGGAGAAGGGAGGAGUGGAAUGACGGAAGGGGAGAUGGUAAGAUGGCACACAGGAAGAAAGGACAGGAAGAAAGAUUAGGGAACAGCACUUUAUUUUACAGAGGGAAUCAUAAUCUCAUUGGAUGACUUCCACACAAUGGAUGGUAGAGCUGGGGACCAGCUGCCAGAAUUCACAACAACCAUCAUAUGGCUACAUACACAGACACUGACAAACACAGAGCCACUCACAUGCUCAUACACAUGCACUCAACACAUGCUCACAGGCACGUUUUAUGUGGGUUCAAUCUAAACUUAACCUAUCCCAGUACAUCUCAUAGGUAGUAUCUGAUACAGACCACAUUUCCAUCUCAAUAUAUCCACUACCCUCAUACACUUUACAAUGUUAAAGAUACGAUUUUAAUUUAGCCUUUAAACACCCGGCUAAACACUCAAUAUAGAGUGAGAAAAAAGUGUAUUGUUGACUUCCAUUGUCCUGUUUUUCUAUUGUCAGACUUCAUGCAAAGAGAUAGGUAUUUCUGUGCCUCUGCCAGUAACAAACUUGCUUCCCUCCCCCAUCUCCACUCUGGAUAGUCUGUCACUGUAGCCUCAGUUUAAUAGAGCUCACAUGACAAUUCAAUAAAGUGUAAAGCAAAUAAACACAGAGAACUGGUUCGCAAUGCUGUCAGGGUGUGGCUGGUGUGACCAACCAUGUAGUUAGUUACAGUCAGAUGAUGAGUGAACAGUGGGGCAGAGAGCUGUCUGUCUACUGUCUGUCUACUGUAGCUAUUCCUGUGGACCUCAGGCCCUAGUCCAGCCCCACUCUAUAUCCAUAGCCAGUCCACUAUUAGAUGAUUUUAUCCCUAACAAUGGAGUAUUGGGCCAUUUAGUCUGUAUUGGAAUUAAUUGAAUGAGCAUUACAGAGCAUUGUAGGACACUUGACCUCUGAACCCACACCCGGUAGAGAGACCAUUACCCCCUGACUUACCAGAGAAUCAUUACUUCCUUUAAGACACAUAUUACAUAUAGAUCCCUUUAUCAUCUAUGUUCUCCUUUUCAAAGGGAAGAUGGCUAUUAAAUCAAUAGGACUACUGUACUGAGUCAAGGAAUAAUGCCUGUCUGUUUGGUGACUCAAACACUGAGGGAUAUUCUGAGUGUGUUCCAUUCUCCUGUUUAACACAAAACACAAGAGUGUUUGUGAUCAUUUUUGUGUAUUUCCUACUGAAAGGGUUGCACUCUUGAGCAUGUUUGUGUAUAAUGACAAUGUGCAAAUGAUGGUUGGUUUGAGGCAGGUUUUUGGAUUUGAAUCCAUUUCUCUGGUUCUAUAAAUACCAGUCCUGGCAGGGCAGUGGAAAGAUCAGGCCACCAACAAAGUGGCUUAGGUACACCUGUGCCUUUGGCAGUUCAAGUCAUAGAGUUCUUUGAAAGUAAACGUUUUAAAGAGUAAAGUGUCAGGGAAAGGUGGGUGUUGGAAUUGGCAUUUACAAGAAAACAACAGGCCGGGUAAAGUUGUGAGAGGGUUCCGUUGUGGGAACUGCAGAUCCAUGGAUAAGUUGCAUUUUAGAGACAAGAGGGUAGGCCUACAUUGUUCUCUUAUUGCAAGGUGUAUUAUUAUUCUCAUAAAAUUAUAUUAUUAUAUACCUGCUUCAUCUGUCUCAGAAUACUUUGUCAACUGUCCUGUUCUCUAUAGCUGAAAGUCCUCAAAUUACUCGGUGGAAUCUAACCUUGAAGUCGGGUUCAGUUCUCAAGCCCCCACAAUUCACGUUCAAAACAUUCUGUAAUUGCUUCAGUGAGUGGGCCCCUAAGUAACUACUGAUUAUGUGCAUGACAUCAAGGCCCAACACCCCCUGUGUUAAGUCCAAUAGCAACUGAAUUCAGAGAGAUGAUUCAUUAAAAAUGUAUUUGGAUUUUUUUCUGUCUUAGUAGUCUUCUAGGUCUAGGAUAUUGAUGUAUAACAAUCAAUACAUUGUAACAAAGAUGGAGAUGGGGAAAUGGGAGGAUAUAUGCAUUGAUCACACGAAAGUCAGGGUCUCCUUCCACAUAAAAUGCUACAGCAGAGCUCAUUCACACAUGGUAAAGUCAAAUUGAACAAUCAAUCAAUCAAAUGUAUUUAUAAAGCCCUUUAUUUAUUUAUUUUUUAUCACAAAGUGCUAUACAGAAACCCAGCCUAAAACCCCAAACAGCAAGCAAUACAGAUGUAGAAGCACGGUGGCUAGGAAAAACUCCCUAGAAAGGUAGGAACCUAGGAAGAAACCAAGAGAGGAACCAGGCUCUGAGGGGUGGCCAGUCCUCUUCUGGCUGUGCGGGGUGGAGAUUAUAAGAGUACAUGGCCAUUUAAGGCCAGAUUGUUCUUCAAGAUGUUCAAACAUUCAUAGAUGACCAGCACUGUCAAAUAAUACAGAUUUCAAACCACGCAUGACAGUGAUCAUGAUUCCUGUUUCUCUUUUACACUCUGGUGUUGGAUGAACUUCUAUGAUUUUAAUGUGGCUUUUAUUUGUUUUUGUUUCCCAUUUUUUUGUUAUAAAUAAAUGCACUCUAUUGGACCCUGAGCUAUCUCUUUGAAACGGGCCUCCUACUUGGCCAAACCAAACAUACUGUCUCCAGACAGACUCAUUAAUAACAUUCUUACUACAUGGUUGUAAAUAUGAUGUCCCAAAAAGCACAAUUUAUUAUUUAUUUGAUUCAUCAUUUUAUUUUAUCAUCACCAACUGCCAAACAAACAGAUGCAGCCAACUGCUAAUGCUCCACAAACUGAACAGAAUUCUCCCCCUUUUUCAGAGAAUUUAUCCUCCCCUCCGCUCUCUCACACAGCCCUCUAUGCUGUCCAUUUUAAGUUUCAUGCUUUGUUUGUACCAGUUUACUUUCUUGGCUCUUGUCUCUGUGGUGUUCUGUUGUUUGACGCAUGUAGCGCUACCAAGUUGUGACACAGAAUCUUUACAUUUCUUGUACAUAGCAAAAACAAAAUGUCUAUGAUCUUUUUGAAACAAUGUUCUCCCUUUACUGACUGAAAACUAAA